CCCCACCAGAAAGAAGAAUAAAAAAAAGAUCAAAAGAUCUCAAACUCAUUCAUCAUCCCCCCAAGCAUAAUGGAAAGAACCCAUUUCAAGCUGAUGCUCUGCAUCGUGAUUUUGGUUUUCUCUGUUUCUGGUGGGAAGAACAGUGGAGCAGAAGGUAGAAACUUUGAGAUUGACACGUGCCACUCUGUGGACCAAUGCGGUCCGCGACGAUGUUGCGAGUGUGUCUUUCACUGCGUCUGUACAUGCUCCAAGCAAGACAUGGAUGCAGAACGCCUCGUUCUAGAUUCCAGAGGACAUGAAGAUGUAGAAGGGAAAGGGAACUAAUUUACAAAAUAAUGUCAUAAUAUAUUAAAAAAAAGUGUUAAUGGCUCCACUUUCUCUCUCUCUCUUUCAGUUUGUGAAACUGAGAUUUGCUUCAAGAAAGGGUAAUGGCCGAAAGUACUCAGUAACCAGUUUCACCCAAAUUAUUCUCGAUCCGUUGUCUUAAUUACUUCUAGGCAAAUUAAUAUAUGUUUGACCGGGUUGAUCUAUCCCAAGUUCCCAACACUCUCAAAUCAAAAAUAUAUGAUCUAACUACGACCGGUUAUGAGACAAGUUUGAGUAUCUAAUUUAACCCAUUGUUGUUCAUAAAAGUUAUAAAAAAAAGCAAUCGUUGGAUAUGAUAUUUUAUCCGCGUUUCGCGACGGAUACCCUUAUGUUAAUACAUGGGAGGUUUCAAUAUUUUACACCAUAGUCAUUCUUAGUAUAAUGAAACCAAAGAAUCGCAGUAUCGCACCCUAGAGAGUUUUUUUUGUUGCCUUAGAUAGAUAGUUAAUAGAUAGGGAAUUACAAUCAGUUUGAAAAUAAAAAAUGGUAAUAAGCCAAAUGUCGAUCCACCGAUGCAAGAGCCUUUUUCGUCACGCAAUGGGCAGCCCUGUUAGUUCUACGAGGAGAAAAAACAAAUCGAAUCAAUGAGAAGGAGGACUUCAUCAAUAGCACUUCCUCAAGGAUUGCUCCUCCUCGGUCAUGUUGAACAUCAUUCUCCAUAGCUCGUCAAAUCACCAGUUGCGAAUCACCACAAAAACAAACAGAGUACACACCACGAGUUAAACACCAAUCCAUUGCAUUACGAUAAAGCCAAUAAUUCCAUCAGACACGCAUCACGUAAACCCCAGAGAGUUGGUAACAUUUAUAUUAUGCAUAAUCAAAGUACUUUGAAACAAAAUAAAGAUUAUGUUGGCAUUUAUGUCGGUAAAGUUAUUUGGCGACGUUGGUUAUGUCAAUGGGUAGUAACUAGCCAUAAUUCUCAUGCAAAUUCGUUCUACGGCCCAAUCAAUUAUUGAUUUGGGCUCCAACAAAUGGACAUGGUGCCAUCAAAUGGUCCUUCCAGUGCAAACUAGGCUUUUUAGCCCAAUACCAAACAUGGGUAAGGGUAGAAAAGAAAAACACCCUUUUUGUAUCUCGUAAGGUUAAUUGGGUUUUCCAUAUUGUGAUAAAACAAUACCCUUUUUACUUUUAGUUGACUAAUGUUUCCAUCUCGUUUCAAUUUUGUGAUUAGACGUACACAGAUCUUAUAUGUAUUCUCCUCCCUUGUAUUUUCCCUCUUAUGGGAUAUCUUUGAAAGAAAGGAAUCAAACAAUGGCAAAGAAGGAAACUAAAUCUCCAUAUUCAAUGGAAGAAGACACUAUCUUUUGAUAUAAAGAGUGUUGGGAUUUUUAGUGGUGUGAAUGGAAAUAAAAGGGGAAAGUUUUA